AUGGACUUGGAAGAUAUACGUGUCGGGAUGGUCCGCACCGAGCUUCGUCUUGCUCGUCUCCAUGACCUGCACGUCGAGCGGCUCUGCCUCUUCCCAUCGGCCCUGGUCCCUAUACGUCGACCCCAGAUUGGCCAUGCUCGUCAGCGUCGAGGGAUGGUCCGCACCGAGCUUCGUCUUGCUCGUCUCUAUGACCUGCACAAAGAGCUGCUCUGCCUCUUCCCAUCGGCCCUGCGUGUCGGGAUGGUCGACCCCCAGCUUCGUCUUGCUCGUCUCUAUGACCUGCACAAAGAGCUGCUCCGCCUCUUCCCAUCGGCCUUGGUUCCAGAACGUCGAUGCCAGAUUGGCCAUGCUCGUCAGCGUGUCGGGAUGGUCUACACCGAGCUUCGUCUUGCUCGUCUCCAUGACCUGCACGUCAAGCUGCUCCGCUUCUUCCCAUCGGCCCUGGUGCCUAUACGUCGACGCCAGAUUGGCCAUACUCGUCAGCGUGUUAGGAUGAUCUACACCGAGCUUCGUCUUGCUCGUCUCCAGGACCUGCACAAAGAGCUUCUCCGCCUCUUUCCAUCGGCCCUGGUUCCAGAACGUCGACGCUAG